UAGAGAGAGGAUCAAGUUUAUUUUCGCAUUCUGCGAAUGAACAGGAUGUUUCCAUAUUCGUAAACAUCGUGAUAUUCGCGCCUCACUCGAAGGAUUAAGAUAGGUAUCGUUAGACGGUAUCGUUUCACAAAUAAACAACAUAGCAGAGGCGAAACGGCCGCGUUGAGCAGCGCUACAUCGUGAGAUCUCUUUGUACUGUAGCAAGGGAAAGAAUGAACUUAAACUCAAAUGUUUUAAUCUGAAUAGAGUGUCGCGUACAUUAAUUAAUGUGUUCGUUUAACGUUCAACGAAUUGUGCCACGUUCGCCAGUUAAUCAUUGCGUGACUAAGACUGCUAAAUAUGUCUGACUUUAAUAUCAGAUGAUCUGAAGAUAACACAUAUCAAAAGGCACGACAUUGUGCGCGCGGAGUUUUUGCGUUUAAGAUAUCUCCUCGUGCCUCAUACGACAUAUUGUCUUCGCUCUGCGUCGUUUUUCGAAUACGCGUCGAACGCGAAAAGCUUUUGUCCGUGACUACGUGACACGCGAGCAAUUUUCACCUCAAAGCUAUAGUGUGAUUAAUUCAAUCAAGCCGAUCUGAAACGUGAUAUUUUUUUUUCUUCUAAAAUAAGCACGAGUGAUGACAGCUGCCUUCACAGUUCUGUAUUGAUACAAAAAUUACGUUGAAUAGAUAUACCUGAUUCUCGAAAGAGAAAUCGCAACUUGUUAAUAUAUCAUUUCUUUUCACAAGAAAAUCUAGUAUUAUAUUUUAAAAGGAAAUGGGUCUAAAUUGGUUUCGAGCAAGUCUAUCGAUGGAGGAAGAAGCGUCUAAAGUUGACACAAUGACGGGCAUGUAUCGGAAAAUUUCAUUCUUCGAGCCGAAAGAUGUGGAAAUCUCAGCUGCGCCUCCAUCCGUCGCAAGUGAUUCAAUAUCAAGUGAGGAAACAGCGGAAUAUGACCGUUCGAAAGCAGAUCUUACGAGUCAAACAUCAUCAACUAUUGAUUUGGAGGAAAUGACGGUAAAAGAUACUGAUAAAAAAUCGAAGAUAAAUAAUCAUGCAGUUGAAAAUACGGAGCCUCCUACUUUCAACAAAGAUCCAAAUGUAAACGAGCAAUCGGGGGAGCGCGACGAGGAAUCAAACAAGAUAACUAAAGAUCAGAAUGAUACGCCAGUUACAGAAAGUCCUAUCUGUUCAGAUAACGAGCUAGUGAUUUAAUAAGGAGAAAAUGUUACAGAAUGCAUGUAUAUAAAGACGUUUUGCACGAAAGCUGGACAUUUUUGUCUCGAUUCGGAUAUACUAUUUUAUAUAGUUCUAUAUAUAUAU